CCGGGGCCCCCGGGCUCCCCGGGGCCUCUCGCCCUUCCCGUUCCCGUUCCCAUCCCAAAGGGGCCUGCCGCCCCCUUUGUUGCGGUUUUUCCCAGAUGGUAGCCGGCGGCCCGGCCCGGCCAUGGAGAAGCGGGCCGCCUACAACCAGACCACGCAAUCGGAGGCGUCCCGCCGCCUGCCGCCCGUUUUCUUGAGGUGUUUUGCAGCCGGCAGCCGGCGGCCCGGCCCAGCGAGGGAGCACAGCUCCGCCUACAAGCAGACCACACAACCAACGGCGUCCCGCUACCUCCCCAGCUUUUUCUUGAGCUGUUUUCCACCUGGGAGCCGGUGGCCCGGCACCGCCGGGGAGUACAGCUCCGCCUUCAAGCAGACCACGCAACCGGAGGCGAAGACGCCCUGCCCGCCUCUCUUUUGCUUUCGGUUUUUUCCAGCUGGGAGCCGGCGCCCCGGCCCGGCCAUGGACGGCUCCCCCGUCUACAACCAGACCACGGAACCCGAGGCGAAGAGGCCCCGCCGCCUCCCCUUGGGCUGCACCCUGCGGCACCUGCGGGGAUGGCGGCUGGCAGUCAAGGUGUUCCAGACGAUUUUCUCUUUGGUGGCUGUUGUUUGUGAAGAACUCGUGGAAGAAUGCGCCAACUGUAGUGGACUUUACUUCUUUGAAUUCAUAAGCUGCAGUGCUUUUCUUUUGAGCCUCCUGAUUCUGUAUGUGUAUUGCACUGAUUUGUAUGAAUCACUGGGGGAAGAUAAAGUGCAGAAACUGAAUUUUUGGGCUGUGCUGGUCAUAAGUGCCUGUUUUCUGUCAGCAUCAAUACUGUUUUCUGCAACCUGCAAUGAGCCUGAAGAAUUUGCUGCAUGUGUAUUUGGAUUUUUUGCAACUGCUGCAUUUGCAGCUGAAUUUGUUAUAGAGCUCUGUCUCAGACGAAAACAAAAACAGAACACCGAUGGACGCCCUGAAAAGCCUAGUAACGCUCUGAGUGCCACAGAAAACCAGCCAUUGAAUAAACAAAGAUAACUUCCUGAAA